UUUGUCAUUCGGGACAGGAGGAAGGGAGAAAAGUUUCCCCUCUUUGUAGGACGAAGCCACAGCAUGAUGUGGUACUUCUGUUUGUUCCUUUUCUGCGGGUGUUAUGAUCUGUGUGGAGUGUUGGCAGGACCCAGCCUGGAGUCAGUGUUAGGUCCGAACAGGUGUGUGGACACCACCAUGUGUCCCGCCUUUGCCGUCUGCAGGAACACCACCGACACCUACCACUGCACGUGUAAACAAGGCUUCCUGUCCAGCAACGGGGCCACCCAUUUCCGGGACCCACAAGUGGAAUGCAGAGAUAUCGAUGAGUGUUCUCAAGAUCCCCUACUCUGCGGUCCUCAUGCUAUUUGCAAAAACCAACUUGGUAGAUACAAGUGCAGCUGCUCCUCUGGUUUCUCUUCUCCCACUGGAGAUUCCUGGGGUCUGGAAAAGUCAAAUCGCAUUAGCUGUGCAGACAUUAAUGAAUGCCUCCAGAGUGGAAUCUGCCCAGAACAUUCUGAGUGUGUCAACUCCAUAGGAAGUUACCAGUGCAAAUGCCAACCUGGAUUCACCUUGAACAGCUCCAUUUGUGAAGAUAUAGAUGAAUGUGCCCAUUUCAAUCCUUGCCCGGACAAUGCAUAUUGUCACAACAGUUUUGGAAGCUACUCUUGUGUCUGCAGCACUGGAUUUGAGUUGGGGAGUGAAAACAUGAAUUUUCAGGGUUCAGGAGAGAUGUGUGAAGAUAUAGAUGAAUGUUUCAGAAACUCAACUCUCUGUGGUCCAAAUUCAAUCUGUACCAACACCCCAGGACAAUACAAUUGUUCCUGUCUGUCUGGAUUCUUUUCCUCAACUCUUUGGACCUCCGAGGAACCAGAGACUUUUAACUGUACAGAUAUAGAUGAGUGUUUUUAUAUGUGCCCUUUCAAUGCCAGUUGUACCAACACUCCUGGAAGCUACUUUUGUACCUGCCACCCGGGCUUUGCAUCAAGCAACGGGCAGUUGAACUUCAGAGGCCAAGAAGUGGAAUGUCGAGAUAUUGAUGAGUGCUCCCAAGAUCCUUCUCCAUGUGGUCCCAACUCUGUCUGCACCAAUUCUGAAGCUUCCUACACUUGUAGCUGCAGUCCAGGAUUUCAACCCAAACCAGAAGGCUCCUGGGAAUAUGGCAACUUCAGCUGCAAAAGGGUUCCUUUCAAGUGUAGAGAAGAUGUGACACCCGAAAAUGAGUGGGUGAAAUUAUGCCAAAUGGGAGUCGCAGUGGAAUCCAAAUACGUUUCCUUGUGUGAACAGAUGAAUAUGACCUUUGGCGUUCUGGACAAAGUCUGUGACAAAAACACCUCCACCAUGUCCCUGAAGGAAAUAACUGAGAACUUUGCUUCUGUGCUUGAACAAACAUCCACCUGGUCCAACUUCACCAAAGAAGAGACAUCCUCCCUGGCCACGGUCUUACUGGAGAGUGUCGAAAGCAUCACGUUGGCAUCUCUCCUGAAACCCGCAGUGAAUGCCAGCCGGACCAUUCAGACAGAACACUUAGAUAUUGAGAGCAAAGUUAUCAAUGAAGAAUGCUUGGAAAGUGGUGGAGAAUUUAACUUGAAAGCCAAAGGGGACAAGAUUAAUAUUGGGUGUUCCACAAUCGAAGAGUCUGAAUCCACAGGGACCAUGGGGAUAGCUUUCGUCUCCUUUAAAGGUAUGGAAUCUGUUUUAAAUGAGAGCUUCUUUCAAGACUCUAAGUCCAAGAGGAAGUUGAAGAUAAAUUCUCAUAUUGUUGGGGGCAUCAUGACUGGGGAGAGGAAAGAAGGCUUUUCUCGUCCGAUCAUCUACACUCUGGAGAACAUAGAGCCAAAGCGGAAGUUUGAGAGACCCAUCUGUGUUACCUGGAGCACAGACAAGGAAGGUGGAAGGUGGAAGUCCUCUGGCUGUGCAGUGCUCGAAGCGACCGAGAACCACACUGUCUGCAGCUGCUAUCAACUGGCAAACUUAGCCAUCAUCAUGGCAUCCGAGGAGCUCACGAUGGACUUCUCCUUGUACGUCAUUAGCCAGCUGGGCAUGACCAUCUCCCUGCUGUGUCUCGCCCUGGCCAUAGCCACCUUCCUGCUAUGCCGCAGCAUUCGCAGUCAGAACACCUUCCUCCACCUGCACCUCUGCGUGUGUCUCUUCUUGGCCAAACUCCUGUUCCUCACCGCUGUAGACAAGACUGACCAUCAGACAGGCUGUGCCAUCAUCGCGGGCUUUCUGCAUUAUUUUUUCCUCGCUUGCUUCUUCUGGAUGUUGGUGGAGUCCGUGAUGCUCUUCCUUAUGGUCAAGAACCUGAAGAUAGUCAACUACUUCAACUCUCGCAACAUCAAGAUGCGGCACCUCUGUGCCUUUGGCUAUGGGCUCCCGGGGUUGGUGGUGGUGAUCUCGGCCAGUGUCUAUCCACAGGGAUACGGGAUGCAUAAUCACUGCUGGCUGAACACCGAGAAGGGCUUUGUCUGGAGUUUCCUGGGGCCAGUUUGUACCAUCAUUACGAUCAAUUCCGUCCUCCUCACUAUGACCUUGGUUAUCCUGAGGCAGAGUCUCUGCAGUGUGAAUGCUGAAGUCUCAAAGAUCAAAGACACCAGGCUACUGACGUUCAAGGCCUUUGCCCAACUUUUUAUCUUGGGGUGCUCCUGGGUGUUGGGUCUCUUCCAGAUUGGCCCCAUCUCCAGCGUCAUGGCUUACCUGUUCACCAUCAUCAACAGCCUGCAGGGGGCGCUCAUCUUCCUCAUUCACUGUCUGCUCAACCGCCAGGUGCGGGAAGAAUAUAGGAAAUGGAUCCUCGGGAAGAUCAAACCCAGCUCCCAGUCCCAGACCUCCGGGAUGCUGUUAUCUUCCAUCCCUUCCACUUCGAAAUCAGUGGAGCGUGAACCGGCUGGAUGUCUUUGCCAUGACGAUUUCACGCACUGCAGAGAAACAGGAAUUUCUGUUUCAGAUGACGUUGCAACUUUCGGGUCCUGCAGCUCUUUGAACUUGCAGGGAGAAAUAUCAGCCAAAUCUCCGCAAGACGAGGAACGCUGCUGA